GGUGGGUUCUGAUGAACUAUGCGGUCUCUGAGACUCGUGUCUGUGGAUCCUUCGGACCGGGGUUCUCAGAGAUGCAGGCUGGGUCCGGGUCUUAUGUCGGCGCUGGGUCUGAAACUGGGCUCCCCGCUGCUGGUCUCUGUUCCCGGCGGGAGCUGCAUCUGCACCGCCUGGCCACGCUCGGACCUGUCGGAGGACUUCCUGCAGAUGGACCUGAAGUGUUUCAGCCGCGGUCUGAUCUCUGGGAUCCCCUCACAGCUGAUCCUGGACCCGAGUCAGCUGAGACCUGUACCCUGCCCCAAACUGAAGGCUGUCACAGUGACUGUGGUGGUCCAAAGUCCGGACUACAGGAGAACUUCUGGUCGGGUUGUCCAUGAGCUCGUGAGGGAUCUGUUGAGGGGGAUUUCUGUCCAUCAGGGGUUCGUCAUAAACCUGGAGGAUUAUGAAACACCGAUGAGAUAUGCUGUUGUGGACCACAUCAGUCCAGAUUCGGGUAGUUCUGGAUUAAUCACCUCAAAAACCGCUGUGGAGGUCUCCGGGGUCCAGACAGUCCGGUUUUACAAGAGUCAGCUUCAGAACCAGCAGAACCCCCCACUAGGAGGACUGGAGGAGGUGACAUCGUCCCUGAGAGAGAUACUGCAGCUGCCUCUGGUCUAUCCCAACACCCUGAGGUCUCUAGGGGUCUCCUGUCCCAGAGGGGUACUCCUGAUCGGGCCUCCAGGAGUUGGAAAGACCCUGUCAGUCCAAAAGGUGGUCCAGGAGGUGGGAGCCAGCCUGGUGGUGGUCCGUGGACCAGAGGUGGUUGGGUCACGGCCGGGUGAGAGCGAGGAGACUUUGCGGGCCGUGUUUGAGCGCGCUCAGUCCGAAGCAGAAGAAGGUCCCUGCGUUCUCUUCCUGGAUGAACUGGACUCUCUGUUCCCAAAGAGAACCGGGUCGUCAGCACCAGAGAACCGGCUGGUGGCUCAGCUGCUCACUCUGAUGGACGGGAUGGAUCAGUCCGAUCGGUUCCUGAUCGUAGGAGCCACUAACAGACCGGACAGCUUGGACCCGGCACUACGGCGGCCCGGCAGGUUUGACAGGGAGCUGAUCAUCGGAGCUCCGACUCUGCAGCAGAGAACAUCCAUCCUGUCGGUUCUGUGUCAGAAGAUGCCCGUGUGUCCUGGUCUGAACAUCGCAGAACUCUCCCAGAUAACGAGUGGAUACGUCGGAGCGGAUCUCAGCGCUCUGUGCAGAGAAGCUGCCAUGAACGCUUUGAGGGAAACCGUGAAGGGUUCAGGAGAACGUCAGGUGGAUCUGAAACACUUCCUGGAGGCUCUGAGGACAGUGGGUCCGUCCUGCCUGAGGAGCAGUCCUGGCAGGAUGGAGGUCCUGCCGCUGCUUUGGGAGCAGAUCGGAGGUUUGAAGGAUGUCAAGCUCAAACUGAGACAGAGCAUCGAGUGGCCUCUGAGACACCCCGAGGCAUUUGUCCGUCUGGGCCUGAGCCGUCCUCGUGGCGUCCUGCUUUAUGGACCUCCUGGAUGUGCUAAGACGUCUUUGGUCAGAGCUGCAGCCACGUCCUCCCGCUGCAGCUUCCUGUCUGUCAGCGGCGCCGAGCUGUACUCUCCUUACAUCGGAGACUCAGAGAAAGCUUUAGCUCAGCUGUUCCUGCAGGCCCGGGCCUGCGCUCCCUGCAUCCUGUUCCUAGACGAGAUUGACUCUCUGAUCGGCUCACGAUCAAAUGGUCAGAACCUUAACAGCGUUCAGACCCGCUUGCUGUCUGUGCUCCUGAAUGAGAUGGAUGGGAUCGGCCUGAAGACCCUGGAGAGGAGAGGAACGGAGAAGAUCCUGCAUGCGGGGGGAGGGGAGGAACCACACAUGCAGAAACAGUUGGAUCUUCAGGAGGUCUGCAACAAGGACGUGAUGGUUGUCGCUGCCACCAACAGACCUGAGUGUUUGGACAGCGCUCUCCUCAGGCCGGGCAGGCUGGACCACAUCAUAUAUGUGCCCCCACCUGACCAACAGGCCCGAUUCUCCAUCCUGCAGGUCUGCACCUCGUCCAUGCCCGUGGACGAUGACGUGUGUCUGAAGGAGCUGGCUGCUAAGACAGAACUGUACUCUGGAGCAGACCUGGAGAACCUCUGCAAAGAGGCUGCUCUCCUGGCGUUAGAUGAAGAGAACUUGGAGGCUUCGUCCAUCAGACACUCUCAUUUCCUUCGUUGUCUCAAUAGAACGAGUCCUUCUCUCACCGCUCAGCAGAUCAAAGCUUAUCUGGCUCCGCCCACAUGAUUUAACCUCCUCUGUUCAUGUAUUAAUGCACAAAUAUAGCAAUAAAAUCAGU